AACCACUCACGACUCAACAACAAAACAACAUCUAGCGACUCACUUUUGAUACCCAUACCUUAGAACAAAUACCUGAACGACAUUCGCAAUGAGUCUGAGCGCAAAGAUCAAGGAUAUCCUCCACUCCGACGAGUCCAAGGAUACCACCACAGAGACAUCCCAUCACCCCCCAGGAUCAUUCCCCACAGAAGAGAUGGAGCCCAGCGAAACACACGAAGGGUACUCCAAGGGAUACGAGCACAACAAGCUUCACAAGGCCGAUGACCCUCGAGGUCACGCACACAAAGACUCUGGCGUCGGUUUGACCGAGUCCAACGAUCCUACCUCCUACAAGCCCUCUAACGAACCCAUCUCCGAGCGACGCGACGAUCCUCUAGGCAGAACUACCGACACUACUACAACUGCUGGUACUACAGCUGCUGGAGGUUUGGGCGACACCAGCAAGAUCCCAGCCACCGAGGGCGCGACUGGCGCUGCUGCACCAUCUACCCAAGACCAUCCCUACUGGGGAGAUCUUCCCAGUGGAGGCGUUCACAACACUGUCAUCGGCCACGGCAGCCCUGAAGAUGAGAACGCACGUCACCGAACUGUUCACUCUGGCGCGACCGAACCAACUCGAACUGCUGGUACUCUCGAGAGCGGAACGUUCCUCCACCGAAACGACCGCGACACAACGUCCUCUACAACCAACCCCCACGAUGCUCAGCGAUCUACUCAAGAGAGCCCCAGCCAAACAUCUGGCUCUCACUUCAAUGAGGGUGUAGCUGGUGUCGGUGCCGCUGGCGCCGGUGCCCUUGGAGCUCACGAGCUUAACAAGCGCCGUCACGCCGAUGAUACCCAAACACCAAGCAAGGUUGACCAAACCACCGAUAAGACCCACGAUGAGCACAAGGGCCGAUCAUUCCCUCUCCUCGGAAAGGACCACAAGGACAAGGAGACGCAUCACAAGGAGGACAAGCACGCCAAAGAACCCAAGGAGAGCAAGCUUGGCGCUCUGUUCCAUCGCAAGGAUAAGACUGAGACGGAGGCCAAGGCUGAGCAGGAGGCUGAUCAGGAGAGACAUGGCCAUUCCAAGCCUGCUCUAGCAGCUGCUGGUGCUGCGUGGGGUGCGAACACUGCUGGAAGGGGUCAUGAUGACAAGACUCAGCGUGAUACGACAGCCCAGGAACCCACUGGUACUCGGGGUGCGACGCAGUAUCCUGCCUCUGGACUUGACUCUACCAGGGACUAUAGCAGCCAGCCUGCUACUGGUACUACACAGCAGCCUCACCAGCAGGAUAAUUCCCACCGAGGCGCUGGUCUUGCGACUGGUGCUGCUGCUGGUAUUGGCGCUGGAGCUUUGGCGUCGCACUAUGCUCAGCGCUCUGAGAAUGACCGAACUGGCACUACCGGCACUGGCUAUGACUCCCAGAGCUACGACCCUUCUAGAACAUCCUCUAGAGAUCCUACUUCUCAGGCCUACCAGCAGCAGAGCUCUCACGGAGACCACAGCCUCGCCAAGGGUACCGCAGCUGGUCUAGGUGCCGGCACACUUGCUUCUCACCCCGGCCAGCACUCUAGCUCCAACCAACCUUCAGCCCUUGGCUCUUCAUCAGCAUACGGUGCCCAGCCAGACCAGCCCGCCAACUUCUCUCACAAGGACCCCGUUGGUCAGACUUCCCAGCAUGACUCUCAUCGCGGCGCAGGACUCGCUGCUGGUACUGCUGCUGGUCUUGGUGCUGGUGCUCUUGCUUCCCGAUCUGGUCGUGAGCACGAGACUACUGGCCAGCACACUGGUCUUGAUUCCAGCCGAGGCUUCGAGUCGCAGGGCAACCAGUCUGCUUAUAGCUCUACCAACCCUACCUCUCAGCACCAGCAGCAUGACUCCCACCGUGGUGCAGGCCUUGCUGCCGGUACCGCCGCUGGGCUUGGCGCUGGUGCCUUGGCCUCUCGAUCUGGCCGCGAUCACGAGACUACUGGUCAAUCAGGACUUGAUUCUAGCCGUGGUCUUGAGUCGCAGACUACUCAGCCUGGAUACAGCUCCACCAACCCUACCUCCCAGCACCAGCAGGGUAACUCUCAUCACAGCACUGGUCUAGCCACUGGCGCUGCCGCCGGACUCGGCGCUGGAGCCCUGGCCUCUCGAUCUGGUCGUGAUCAUCAUUCUGACCAGCCCACUAGCCUUGACUCCAACCGAGGUUUCGAGUCUCAGACCACUCAGCCUACUUUCACUUCUACCCGCGACCCUACGUCUCAGUCCUACCAGCAGGAGGGAUCUCACCGAGGAGCUGGACUUGCUACUGGUACUGCUGCAGGCCUCGGCGCUGGAGCUCUUGCCUCGCAUGAGUCCAACAAGCGGGAUGAGGAUCGAUACUUGAGCAACGACGGCUCUCGAACAGCCCAGACUGGUACCACCGGAACUACUGGAACUACUGGCACUACUGGUACCGGGGCUGGCUUCGGUACUUCUUCCUCUACUUUCGACAGCUCUCGACACGAGCCCUCCCGAAAGUCCGAGCACUCUCAGCGCUCAACCGGCUCUCACCACUCCACCCUCGCCGAGAACGCCAACGCCGGAAAGUACAACACCCUCGCAUCCGGCACCCCCUCCGGCGUCGCCUACGACGACGACCUCUCCACCAGCCGCUCUUCCCAGCAGCCCGCAUCUCAGAAGAAGGAUGAUCACUUCGGCGCCAAGGCAGCUGGUCUAGGAGCCGCCGCCGCCGGAGCUGGAACCGCAGCUGCUUUGUCUCGCAACAAGGAUGAGAAGCCUGUUGAGGAGAAGAAGCCUGAGGCUGAGCGUAAGCUUGAGCGUGAUACUGAGUCUCAUAGACCUAUCACUGGAGCUGUUGCGCCGCAGGUGGGAACGAACAAGCCUGUUAUUCAUAAGUGUCAGAAGUGUGGUGAGGAAAAUGACAUUAGCAAGUACUUUACUUCUAACUCUGGAAAGAUCUAA